GCCACUCAUCCCUCUCCCCCACAACAAGUACCAUUACAACAAGGUGGGCUCUUCUCAGGCUUGUUAAAAUUUGGAUCAUCUGAGAAGGUGACCCCGAGUCCACCAGCUCAGUCUCAACACCAACGGACUGGUGAUGCACAUUACCAACAGAACGACCAUCAACAAGAAAUUCAAGGUUCAAAUCUUCAUACUCCUUUGAGGCAAAGUCAAACCUUUCUGCAACAAACUAACAAACUGGACUUCACUCGACAACAAACAUUUCCAGUACGCACACCCCCAUCCAACCAGACUGUUCCGUUAUCUGGGCUCUUCAAGUUUGCCUCUGCUGAUAAUGUUUAUGAACAGUCCACUUCCACUCAACAAAGGUCCAUGGCACAAAGUCGUUCCAGCCAGGGCGAACAGAUGGCAACAAAUAAACCAAAAGAUGACAUGGCAGCAAGACAACGUCAACCUAGUAGAACCUUUUCUGCACAGCGACAGGCAGAACAGCAGAUUAACCCCCUCCAAGAUAGUGAGAAUGUUCAGACACAACAAGGGAGCACAAGUCAGCCUGGAAUACUCUCGGGUAUGUUUAACAAGUUGAAUAAACCAACUGAAAAUGUUGGCGUCAUCGGGCAGGGAUCAGCGGGGCAAGUGCCGCAGCCAAGAUCGAGAAUGAACCUUUUGUCAAGACAGUCCCCGAUUCAAACUCAGGGACCUUCCCUUGAUACCGAUCAGUCUCUUCAACAAGAGAAGGUGGAGCAAGACAAUUAUCCUGCACAGCCUGCUAAACAGCAAGGAUUUCUAUCAGCGAUUUUCAACAAAAUUGAAUCCAGGGAAUCUUCACAACUUAAUCAAGCAGAAAUAGCAGCUCAUGGUUCAGAGAAAAACAUUGAAAGAUACUCUUCUGGAGUGCUUCCAGAAAUAAAUAAACUUGCUUCUAAUUCUGAAAAAGAUGACAGACAGAGCAAUGCAUUUUAUUCCAACCAAAGCAGACAUGCUUUGGUAAGAGCCCCUGUUUCAAUUGACAGAGAGAGUCUGGACCUAAGGACCUCAGCCACUUUUUCUAGAUCUCCCCAGGGUCGAGAAACGUACUCCUCAGUCAGCACUGGGAAUUUAGCACAGCUUUCAUACUAUCCAGGAUCCCUUCAUUAUGUUCAGGCAAUGGCGUACAGCACCAGUAAUAUCCCCUGCCUUUCACAGGGCUACUCAAAUCCCGCUCUCGUACCAAUGGAGCAAUGCAUCAGGGGAAGCAGUUCUUCUUUGUAUGAAGGUCAGCUGUCACCGUAUGCAAUAAGCCCCACUUAUGAUGAUGAAAAUCAUUGGAUCCAGCAGUCUGCUCUUUGGCAGCAGUUUCAGAGUGAGUCCCAGAAUUAUCAACAUGUCCCAGACCAAGUUAAUGGACAGUGGAGCCAAAGGGAAUCAUUACAGAACCUCUCUCUCCAGUGUAACCCCUCCAAUAUGAACCAGCUUAAUGCAGCUCAACUGCAACCAAGCCAAGGAGUUAAUUUCCAACCAGAGCAGCAUGAGCUUCAUCAAUUCCAAGGAAGCCAAGGUUUCAAUAAUGACCCAUAUGGCAAAAAUAAACCGUGGAACAGCUAUGACGACUUACAAUAUGCAAACAGGGAGGAGAGUGCAUUAAACUUAACUACAAGAGAGGGUAAUGCCAAACUUGGGAAAUGGCACUCAUUUAAUAAUGAUAGCUCUUACAGUCUAAGUGGAGUUUCAUACUAUGAAGGUUUUUACGAGGAGACCCCACCAAGCCUAUCUUACUCUGCAAAUUGGCAACAUGGAACCAAUGGUUUCCACAAUGUCCCGGCUAACGGAGUGAUUCAUCAGAGCAAAUAUAAUUCAAAUAAAACAGAAUCAAGUUUCCCUCCACGUUCCUCCAGUGAGUUUGAGGACCCCGCGUAUCUUGAAGAUAUCGAGUGGUACCAGCAAUGGCUUGCAUUGUUGGAGCAAGGCAUGUGGUGGCCAGCAGAGGAAGGUGAUUGUGGCUACUUCGUUUACACCGACCAUGAAUACAUCUACACCUUGCUCACCGAUGCAGCCGGGGAGUUUGUCUACGCCUGCGCCCCUGAAGGAAAGCCUUUGGAAGGUGUGCAGCCAGUGGAGGGCUUUCCUAGUGCUUGGUUGGACAACGAACAGGUGUCGGUGUGUGGCUUUAAAGUUCCCCUGUACAAUGAAGACGAGCUUCUCUGGUUACCCGGACAAGACCAGAAUCAUUCACAGCUUCUGAAUGCACCAGUAGAUUUAUCAGCUGCAUAUAGAAAGGGAAAUCAGAUCAUGAAUUUGAACCUUGAACGUUUCUCGGAAAUGUUUGAAAAUUCAUUUGCGCCGCAGGGAGAGCUCAUUGGAGACCUGGCAUCGUACAGCUUGAACAAAGUCAGGAUGGAUCCCAGACAGGCGAGAUACAUUAAUGAGGACCCCUACACAAAUGUCAUGGACCUCUCCUGUCAAAAUAAACAGUACUCAGGCCCUUGUUGGAACAAUCAAGAAACAAAGAGUCUUCUUGCCCAAAAGGUUGCUGUUUCACUUAGCUCUACCCCUACAGCAUGUCCAAAUCAGCAGUUCCCUAACAACUGUUAUCAACCUGGCCAACGGCGACGGUCAUCUGGUGCUGUGACUGUGAAGCACAUAAAAGAUACAUCAGAGGAGGAAUGGAGGAAGAGAGUUACCCCCGGUCAACAACAGCCUAACCGUGGACACAUAUCCUCUCUCGUAUCAUCCUUUGUGACAAAGUCAUCUCAGCCAGACUCUAGCAUUGUCUCCCAAGAGCAGCAAGGAACAGCAAAAUCGAAAUCCACUGAACAGCCUAAAAGCAUUAUAUCUUUGGGUCUGCAGAGCCUUAGGUCAAAGAUAGUUAAAGAUGAUUCUACUACCCCUGUGGCACAACCACAAAGUGCCGAACAAAAAUCUGAGAUCACAUCUACCCGUCGCUCAAGAAUGUUGCCCACAUCUCCAACAGCUAGUCAAAUUAGUCCAACUCAAGAACCUUCCCAGACUACUGCACAGAAACCUAGACUUGCACGACAGUCCACAAUGUCACAGCAAGCAUCCCCAGUGGUUCAACAACCGGUCUCUGGACCAUUUGGCUCAAGGGAUUCCCUAAACAAAUCUGGACAACUGACACAGACGCAACCGAAGCCAGCUGAAGUAAUCAAAGUAGAGAAACCAAAGGAACAACCACAAGCAGGAUUUAUGAGCAUGUUCAAGACUGCAGUAGGAAUAGAAGAACCCAAACCAGAGCCCCCUGAUCAGCAGAAUAAAAUUGGUUACACUGGUACCUUGCCUGUCACAGCUAACACAGAGGCGACAGGAGUAUCAAAUCUGUUUGGAUCCUUAGGCAGCCUUUUUGGUUCUGACACCUCAUCAACAUCGCAACCCCAACCAAAACCCACUGUACCGGAGAGUUCUUUGACAACGGCAUCUAGACCGAAGGGUUUACAGCGACAACAGACAAUGGAUCAGAGUUCAUCCUCUCGGUCAUCUCCGAUUCAGCAACCAAUCAAAAGUGUGUCACAAGUAUUUACUUCUAAUUCUGCCCAAGGUCCUGGGCCAGGCAGAUCCCAAACAAUGCCACCAACAGGACAGACCAAACAAGAACCAGUACCCAAAUCAACUGGUGGACUGUUUGGAUUUUCCAUUGGCGAAAUGCUGUCAGGAACAUCUCCAGCUGCUCAAGCUGGUCCGUCAUCUUCAGCGGUUGCAGCUCCAGAGGCUCCACAAGAAGAAUCAAUUGGUAAAAGCUUCUUAUCCUUAUUUACUGGCCCGAGUCCUGCACAACCUGCUUCUAAAACUGGGCCUGCAUCACAAGCACCUUCACCAAAUGAAGCUUCACGGGCUGCUUCACGUCCUGCUCCCCAAGCUGCUUCUCAAGCUACUCCCCAAUCUACGCCCCAAGCUGCUCCUCAAGCUACUCUCAAAUCUACUCCCCAAGCUACUCCCCAAGCAAAUCAAGAAGAAUCACUCGGCAAAAGUAUAUUAUCAAUGUUCAGUGGUCCGAGUUCCGCCCAGGCUGCGCCAUCAGCUACAACACCUGCUGCAGGCACUAGUCCCCAAGUACCUCCGCAAGAAUCUUUUGGUAAAAGUUUAAUGUCAAUGUUUGGAAACCAAAGUCCCAUCCCGGCCCAAGCUCAAACCAAGCCUAGUGCUGAACUGCCAUCCCAAGGGACUGCUCUGCCCAAGGAGCCGGCCAGUACAGGAUUUCAAUCCAUGUUCAGUGGUCCCCAAACACAGACUGGUUCUAUACUUGGAGGGAUUCUGCCAGGUGCCUCUGGUUCAAGUCAAUCACCAGCAAAGGGAUUGCUAUCAAUGUUUAGUGAGCCACCUCAAACAUUGCAUACCCCACCUCGGCAACAAUGCACGUCUCAAUCACAAAGUGAAACACAAGGUGUACAACAACCACAACCACAAGGCCAACCACAGGGGCAGCAAGCCAAUUCUGUCCUCGGGGGACUUUUUGGUGGCUUGUCGACUUCCAAUGAAAGUCCAGCGAAAAGUUUAUUCUCAAUGUUUGGUGGUCCCAGUCCCGCCAAACCUCCAGCACCUGGAAGCACCGGUACUUCAACUCCGGGAGCAGGCCUAAUGUCCAUGUUCACGUCUACUUUACAACAAACUCCCUCACAAGUAUCAGAGGUGCCAACCACCAGUGAUACACUGGGUAAAAUCUCAACUUCAAAUGAGCAUGGUCUUGCAUCAGUGGAACCACAAGUAACACCGUUAAUUGACUCUACUGGGAAGCAAAUUACAUCUGCCAAUGCGACCACAAUUAAAAAGGAAUCAACCCCAGAGCCCACACCUCAGGAAGGGGUUCCUCAUAAACCACCAACUUCCUCAGAAUUGAAUUCCAUGCUCGGCAGCUCAAGUCUACAGGCCACACAUGUGCAAGCUGGAUCUGGCAUUGAUGUUCCAAAAGCAGGACCAUCGCCUGCAAACGAGACACCUAGACCACCAGCCUCAAACGAACCUGCUAAAGGUCUGUUGUCCAUGUUUGGAGGGCCUGCUCCUCAAGCAACCACUCCCCAAACUGGGGGGUCUUUAUUCGGGGGUAUGUUUGGAGGCUCCGGUCCACAGGCAGCCACUCCACAAACCGCUGGGUCUUUGCUUGGAGGUUUGUUUGGGGGAAGUGCUCCAGCUGCUUCCAGUGCUCAAACUGGAGGAUCUGUACUUGGUGGGAUGUUUGGAGGCACCGCGGCCUCCACUGCCACACCACAACCACAGACUGGUGGAUCCAUAUUGGGUGGAAUGUUUGGCGGAGCUACCUCCCAAACAACAGUUCCCCAAACGGCCGGUUCAUUACUUGGGAGUAUGUUUGGGGGUUUGACUUCCCAGCCGGCUCCUCCUGGAGCUCCCUCUGCACCAGGGGAAACCCCUGUUAAAGGCUUGCUGUCAAUGUUUGGAGGACCAAGUCCAUCUCCCACAGUGACUGAACAUCUAAAACCCACUGAGAGCCAAAUACCAGAUACAUCUUCUGUGGGCCAAGAGAAAGACAGUGCACUCAAACAACCUGACACUGAAACUGCAUUACAGGCAGCAAACUCAACUAAACCUGAGAGUAACAUUUCUAUUGUUCAGGAUACCGACAAGCCACCUGAAUUAACCGUUGAUGGUCAAUUUAAAGAUGUACAUAUUGGUACAGCAACUGAACAACCAGUCAAGCCAGAUGAGCCAACUAAACCAGAACCAAUGGUAGACCUAAGAAGCGAGAAUCAAUCGCCAUCAAAAUCCAACGAGGCAACGCCUUUGUCUGAGUCAACCAUUCCAGUUGUAGCACAACAAGAGAAGCCCCCAGAGCCAGAUAAAUCGAUGCUUGAUUCUUCAGCUGAUGCAGUUUCAGGGUUUAUGUCCUCACUUUUCAAACCGGCAACUGCACCAGUUACUCCGCAGCAGCAACAACAGCCAAAACCUUCUAGUGUAGGAGGAGCAUCCCAACCUUCUCAGACGGGGGGAUCUUUAUUGGGUGGUAUUUUUGGAGGAGCCACCAACCAGAACACAAACUCUGGGUCGUUACUUGGAGGUUUAUUUGGUGGGACGGCUCCACAGGCUAAGCCUCAAACUACUGGACCUCCGACUGGUGGUUCUAUACUAGGGGGGAUGUUUGGAGGACCAACUGCCAAACCUGCAGCUCCCCAGGCCGCAGGAUCAAUGCUGGGUGGGCUCUUCGGGGGCUCCUCUGCACAAACACCAACAGCUGCAGCUGGUGGGUCUCUACUGGGCGGAAUGUUCGGAGGGGCGACCGCCCAGACCACAGCGUCCCAGAUUGGAGCAGGCCUUGGAGGAAUUGGUGGAUCCUUAUUUGGGGGCGUUGCCAAAGACCCACAAGGACCAAAACCAGCAGAGACCAAGAUAACACCGGCUGCUGCACCGCCGACAGAAAAUAAAAGUGAAAGUGUGCCACUCAAAAUAGAUCAAGUUAGUACUGAGGCUCAGGAAAAUAUACCGAAAGAAGUAAGUGAUGUGGUUCCUCCAAGUGUUAAUAGUAAUCUGGCUGAUGCCACUGUGAAAGAAAAGAGUGAUAUCGAAGGGGAGGAGGUAAUACAUGAGAAGCCUAUUCUGAUUAUUGGUGAGGCUGAAAAUAAAGACUUGGACAUGUCAGCAACACCUGAUGUCCAAAAGGUAGAUACUGGGAAAGCUACCGUUGAUCCGGUCCCCCAAAAUCCAGACUCAUCUCAAGCCAAGUCCCUAUUUGGCUUCAUGUCAACACCAGGUGAGGCAGGGAAAUCUUUGGGAUCGCUUUUCUCCUCCACACCAGCACAGACUGCAGCUUCCCCCUCAACGCCCCAGUCAGAUGCAGUCAGUGGUCUGUUCUCAGGAUUUAAAACCUUAUCGGCAGGGAUAUUUCAAGAGGAAAGUCCGGCUGCAGAGAAGCAAGAGCAACCGGCUGCCACCUCCACCUCCUUGUUUGGAGCCAAGAUCUCUUUCCCCUGGCAGACGGAGUCCUCAAAACCCCCUGCUCCCUCCGUCAGUACACCCCAGCCAAGACCUAGUGUCACCACAACAAACACUCAGUCUGUUCCUACUACUCCUGCUGCCCAGAGGAAGGAACCGGUAGGUAGCCAGGGUGUUAUAGCCCACCCCCAGAUUUGCCUCUCCACUCCUGAAGUAGAUCCUUCAGCUUCCCCCUCCCAAAAGGAGCAGGAAGGUCUUGUAGAAACCCCUUCUUCCGCGGGCCCCACUUCUGGAGUGCAGCUGGACACCCUGUCCAAGACGGAGCUAUUGAGUGCAAAAAGGCUAGUAAAAGCAUAAUAAAUGGCAAUACCCAUUUCCUUACCAUUUAUGAUGCCUUGGUGAUAUUUUAAAGGCAUUCCUUGUCCAGUUCUGCAGUCCAUCUGUUUGUUUGAGUUUUGUGUGUAGUUCUGUCGCAUUGUAUGUGUUCAUGUUUCAUCUAUAGAUCACCCUUUAACAUCUCAAAACUAAAUGUACACGUGUAUACGUCAUUUUAUCUUGGACAAAUAAGUAAAACACUUUCUAGAGUCACUUGACUAAUGCCAGUUAUUGGUAAAUAACAUAAAAUAGCAUCUUUGAGUUUCAAAGAUGCUAUCGGUUUUAGUAAAGUACUCUUUCGCUAAUUCUGAAACAGACUUAUUGGUCAUUGAAACAUUUCUACUUGUGUUCUAUAGAGAAAGUUGUUAAGACUGUCCGAGAUUCUAUGAAUACAGUGUACGUUUUUUAACGUAACUCAUCUCCUCAUUUUACAAUUCCUUCUCCAUUCUACUUAAUAUUUUAAAUUGAGUGUAUGGAUGUUAGAAAUCAUUGCGAAAGAACCUGAACCUCACAUAAUAAGCUUUAGACGAGCAAUGUCCAAUUGACCAAGCAGUUGUUUUUAUUGUGAAACAAUUUGCCAGUAAAAAUUUGAAUUCUUGUGAGGUUAAGGAUCUAGCUUCUUUACAUUUCUUUUCUCUGUUACUUUACAAGUUCCACUUUGUAAUGUGCAAUCCACCUGAAUAUUUGUCUGUGUAACAUUCUAACUAUGCCAUCUCCCUCACCCGCCGACACCUUCCAGUCCGGUGGAAAGUAGUCGCUUUGGCUCCUCUGGGAACCUGAGCCAGGUGAGCUCCCAGCUCAGUGAGAU